AAAACAAAUGUUGACGUUUAACAGCUGACAAACAAACGUGUUGUGAAUCACGAAAUGCAGCGAUAAAAUUCAAUUAAAAUAGUAGUAAUUCAGUUUAUUCAGAAAACUUAACUAAGUAAUAAAAUGGGAUUCCUUACAAUAUUGAAGAAGCUUCGACAGAAGGAGAAAGAAAUGCGAAUACUUAUGUUAGGACUGGACAACGCGGGUAAGACGACGAUCCUGAAGCGGUUCAACGGGGAGCCGAUCGACACGAUCUCGCCGACGCUGGGGUUCAACAUCAAGACGCUGGAGCACCGCGGGUACAAGCUCAACAUCUGGGACGUCGGCGGGCAGAAGUCGCUCAGAUCCUACUGGAAGAACUACUUUGAGAGCACAGAUGGUGUGGCCUGGGUAGUUGACAGCGCCGACACGAGGCGGCUGGAAGGCUGUGCAAAGGAGCUCCGCACGCUACUACAAGAGGAACGUCUUGCUGGAGCCACUUUACUGGUGCUGGCCAAUAAAGCAGACCUGCCGGGAGCUCUCACUUUGCAGGAGAUCCGAGAGGCCCUAGACCUGGACAGCAUCAAGUCCCACCACUGGCGGAUCGUGCGCUGCUCGGCCGUCACCGGCGAGAACCUUCUCGAAGGCAUAGAUUGGAUGCUGGAUGACAUUGCCUCGAGGAUAUUCUCACUAGACUAGAUUAUCAAUUAUACUCUAGAUUUUACUAAUCAAAUAAUUCCAAUUAAUGUUUAUUGAGGUUUCAGUAUGAAAAUUCGAAAGUAAACUUAAACAGCCAGUAAGAAACUUAUUUGAUUGAAAUAAGGUCUAAAUUAUGUAAAAAAUUCUGCAAUCAAAUAAAAGUCGAUAAUUUAAUAUUUUGGACCAACUUUAGCGUUAGCCAUUUGAUCCUUUAGGCAACUAAAGGAUAUAUUAAAAUAUUAUCGUUAUUUUUACAGUGUUCUUGAAUUAAUUUUGUACUGUAAAGGUAGGAAAAGUUACCACUUCACGCAAAAAAAAAAACACUAAUAACUUUAAAAAGCUACAAAUUCUGUUAAAAGUAGCUUUCGAUAGCUCUUACCGCUCUCAGAGAGCUCAUUAGUUGAGUUAUUAACUUAUUAUUCUUAUGCCUUGAAGGCACCCGACUUGGUAAAGGGGUUAACAGUCUUCAUUAUGGAUUAGUCCAUGAUUAUACUCAUAAUAUAUUGCUAUAGAUUUCACGUGUAUGUAUUGGUAAAAGGAAUGCAGCAUAACAAUGAAUUCUUAGACUAUUAAAUUUUAAAUACACUUUUCGAACAUUGUCCAAUGUUACUUAUUUAAAAGACUAAUUUAAUAAAACAUUUACAUAAGGUCA